UAAAGAAGUUUAACAUUUAUUUAUGUAGUUAUUUAUGUCUUGUCAUGAUGUGAUUAAAUAACUAAAGAAAGUCUAUAAUGAAGUAAAGAGAUCAAAAUCUGUUUAUAUUUAUGACACCAUUUAUUUUUACGACGCUUAUAACUCCCACUGUCUGACAAGGAAAUGACUCUCUCAACAGCCUUUCUGACAAGUUUCAUCCAACCUUUGCUCGGCCAAACAAUAACCACUCCUCACGACAGCAGCUCGAGAAUUAUGAUCCUCUGGAUAAACCCACAGCACACUUUACUGAAGGGAAUAAAGACCGUAUCAAAGGACACUGGGAAGUGAAUAAACUCGUGUGAACUCCUCCAGAGACGCCGGGGUUUCUCGCUUUACAUUCAAUAUCAUUUUGAAUGUUGGCUUUAUCCCGCUGUACAAGGCUGUAGGUGAUAUAAAGAAGACGGUGUGGGAUGAGAUGCCAUCUGAAAAAAGUCUUCCUCCUAGCAGCUGGUCUUCUCGUUUUGACCAGGGUCUACAUCUACAUGCAGGGAGCAGAAUCGGGACACCUCAAGGGGUCACUGACCUGGAUCUGGGAUAAGGAGAUUUGGGUGGAAGAUCUUAAGGGCCAUUACCUGCAUUUCAACGUUUCCAUUAAGGUUCUGGCAGGAGUCUUCCAGCCGUUCAAGAAGUACCUGACGGUGGGGCUCUCGUCUGUGAAGAGGGCAAAGGGCAGUUAUCUUCAGGACACUCUGAAGUCGAUCUUCUCGGCCUCCUCAGAGGAAGAGCUGGAUCAAAUGGUCGUCGUGGUCCUUCUUGCAGACUUCGAUGUGAGCUGGAUCCAGCAGACUUUAGAGAAGAUUAGCGAUGAGUUCCACACGCGGCUGUCCAAGGGUCAACUUCUGGUCAUCCACGCCAACAAAGACAACUAUCCUCCCCUCGCAGGACUGAAGAGGAACUUCAACGACGCUCCCGACCGCGUGUCCUUCCGCUCGAAGCAAAAUGUGGACUACUCCUAUUUGCUCCAUUUUAGCAGUAAUCUCUCCCAGUACUAUAUCAUGCUGGAGGAUGACGUGAGCUGUUCGAAGAACCUCCUCUCCAGUAUACGUGAGCACAUCGGUUCUGUGGGCAACUCGAAGUGGGUCACGUUGGAGUUCUCCAAACUGGGCUACAUCGGAAAACUCUACCAGUCCAGAGAUCUGCCCAUUCUGGCCCGAUUCCUUUAUAACUUCUACCAAGAGAUGCCCUGCGACUUCCUGCUGUCGCAUUUUCACCGAUUGUUGAUGCAGGACAAAGUCAUUCGUUUCCGCCCAUCUCUGUUUCAGCACAUGGGCACGUACUCGUCGUUCAAGGGGACGUUCAAUCGUCUCAAGGAUGAGGACUUCGUUGAAGAAGUUUCUGAUAACCCUCCAGCAGACAUUAGCACGAAUAUCGAAACCUAUAAGAGCAAUACCGUCGACAAAGCUUACAGCCAGGGCUUGGAGUAUUUCUGGGGUGUUUCUCCUAUUGGCACAGAAAAGUACAUUUUAGUGGUCUUUCAUGAACCUGUUCUGAUCUCCCGUGUCAAGAUAGUAACCGGAUUGGAUGGGAAAGAUGAGCUGGCCUCUGCUGAUGUGGAUCUUGGAAAAACGCUGGUCAGAAAGGAGUCGGAGGUGGAGUGCUCUGGAUUCAUCAAGCUGGGUUCUCUUCAGCAAGGUCAGUUAAAUGAAGCGGCCGUCCAGAAGCUAGUGCCGGUAACCGUGGCAUGUCUACGAAUCCGAGUCACCGCAGCACAGAUGACCUGGGCUGUCGUACGCAAGAUCCAGGUCUGGACUGUUAAAGCUGACCAAAUCACAUGAAAUACAGUACUGCUGCUGUGCAUUUAUUAUCAUGACUUCCAAAGGCUUGAAUCGUUCAAAUAAACACAUGCUUGCUAAUCUGUAUGUGAGGGAAUGAUGUCAUUACAUUGGAUUAAAUAAUUGAAUAUAAAUAUUCUUAAAACAAUAUAUAUAUAUAUGUUUUGGCAUACUAUAUUUUCUUAGGAAACUAUGUUUAAAUUAUUUUUAUUCUCUGCUCCCGUUGUAAAAUAUUUAUUUUGUUAUUAGAAAUGAAAGACAACUUACUUUUAACUUAAACUUUUAACAAUACUUGUUUUUUCAAUGAAGUUUGUUAAUAUUUUGAAUGUGUUUGGUUUUAUAUUUCCUGUUUUAAUUUUAGGGGGAAGGUUUAGUUUUGUUGGAUUUAUUAUUAUUUCCAUAAAUUUGUCUAUAAUUUUUUUAUCACAAUUUAGUUUGAUAUUUUAUUAUUAUUUAUGGUUUAAGGUUUACUUCACAAUAGUAACCCUAAUUUGAACUCCUAAGAAGUAUGAGGAUUUAAAGUUGUAUUUGUUUAUUAUAAAAGGCAUGGCCUGGAUGUUGUGUAGUUGAGUGGUAAAGAGGAUGCAAAGAUUCAAAGAGCAUUUUACAGUCAAAAUAUUCAGAUUUAUAACUCUUGUUAAAAAAAAAGAAAGAAAAAAAAAAAGGGAUGUUUUGUAAAAUCCGCCCCCUAGGGGUGAUGACUCUAAAUACAAUUCUCUUGUUCCAUCGCUCCAAGCACCAAUGACCCAUGAGGACUGAAAAAUGUCCCCACAAGAAUUUUGGACAUUGCCAUCUUUGUGGGGACAUUUUGUUCACAUAAUGUAGGGUAUACCUGCACCAAACACACUCACACAUUUAAAUUAAAUUAAGUUUGCUCAGUAUUUGUGUGAUAUGAUAGAUUUUUAUACCAAAGAGUCAAGUUGUAUUGUAUGUACUGUGUUUCUGACAAUCAGAUGAGCAUAUGUGUGUUACUGAACCUUGAUAUGUUCUCUCUCUCUCAGGGACAGACAGUGAGAAAGAGCAUCUGUAUACUGUAGUGCAGAGAUUACUGAACAGCUCAGAAUCACAAACUGAUGUUUUUACUCUAUGAAUGUGAGUGUAAUCUCUUCUAAUAGUUUUCCAUAUUUUUGCUAAACUGUAUGCACAACUUUUGUCGGUGACAGCCAAUUAAACUAGUUUCAUGUUUCC